AUGGGAGUAUCUUCUGAUGCUGAUGCGAAGCGAUCCAUCAUGCUUUUGACACUUUUCCUCGCAGCCCGAGUAAACCCCGCAAUACACGUCGACCCGACGAGUUUUCCAGACGCUCCACCCACCUCGCGUUUUUUUGGUCCACACGCGUCGCAGCAACACCGGAUCUCCUCUCGCGGCGACGCCGGAUCUCCUCUUGCAGCGACGCCGGCGGCUCCGUUGCCCCGCAAACAGAAAGUAACAGCUCCGGCGACGCCUACUUCAGCACCUUGUGCCGCCGCCUCAGCAUCUGCCGCCGCCGUUGACUCAGUACCCGCCGCCUCAGAACCUGAUGCCGCCGCCGCUUCAGCACCUGGUGCCCUCGCCGCUGAGGUUCCUGCCGACGUAGGCUCCUUCGCCCGUCCGUCCUCUCGUACUUGGAGGCUGCAGACUAGCAGAUCUCCAGAUGGAUGGAGUGGUCGCAUGCGCUCCAUUUGUUCAUCCGCCAGUUAUUCGCUUCACCUCCCCAGGACACAUGACAGAGUCCAUUUCAUCCUUUGUGAGAAGAGUGGAGCUAGAAACUCUGCUGGGUGGAAGUGCAUCGGAGACAGCUUCUCAACAUGAUGCAUGGCUCCGUUGGCGCGGCGGAGCGAUGAUACUGCCACUUGCCCGGCCUCUGCUGACUUAAUAUUCGCCGAUGCUACCGCGUCCAUCUUUAAGUCGCCUCACCUUAUGUCCCCAAGCUGACAGAAGUCAAGGCCACUGCGCCUCUGAUCCAGCAUCUAUUUUAUGUAAUGUGCUUGUGACCAGAGUGUAAAAGUUUAAUUUUUAUUCGAAUUACUAUGAUCGUCCUAGCCUUGUUGUGUAAAUUGCAUUUUUGGUUGUAGAAUUAUCCCUGCCUGCCAAACAGAUGAAUAAAUGUAGAGUAUUGGUGA